AUGGCGGAUGGUGACCGUCGGGACAACGUCUUUGUGAGUUUGCAGUUCUUUGGCUUUUUUCGAAUGGAAAAUUGUACAGAGUGACGAUGACGCCGAGGACAGCUUCGAUGAACCGGUCAAAAUGACGAAGAGCACCGAAUCGGACGAAGGAAACGAAGAAGAAGAGGAAUUGUCGGAUGAAGAAUUCGAAGAUGAAGAGAUGAACGAAUCUGAGGAUGAAAAAGAAGACAUCGUAGAAAGAACUGAGCUGGACCUGGAGCAUGAAGACUUCGACCUCGUCACAAUUGGUGAACAAUCGCAUCGUUUCGCGUUCAUCUCCAGUUGUUUUCAGAGAAAAUUCCGAUGAAAGCCUUGACGACUCGAAUCGGAAGAGUCGUUUCGGAAAUACUUUACCGGGGCGAAGCGGCCGCGAUCGCUCUCUUCGAGGUCGCCAACAACAUCGUUUUCCAGUCGACAAUGAUUCGUAAUGAACGGAAUACGGUAAUCGAGAAACUAAUGCACGGAUUCACUACUGUCAUCACGGACAGUAGAGAAAGAGAAGAAAAGGCGGAAGCGGCCGAGCACAUUCUGAUGAUUCUGCUCGCGAGAGUCGCCAUCCGUAACAAGUCUAUGAAAAGUGACGACCUCAUUCUUCAACUCGUUCUUCUCGUUGAUCGUCUUUAUUUGCACGCUGACUCGUUCGUUCGCAUCCGUGUGUGCCGCUUCAUCGGCACUCUCGUGGAUGAAACUAAUCGAUACGAAGAACGAGUUCGUGAGCAAGGCGACACAAUGCACCUGUUCAUGGACGAGACUAUUGAAGAAGAGUCUGUCAUACCGGAUGGAGUCAGGAAGCGAUGGAUGGAGAAGCUGGCGAAGAGUCUAUUGGACAAGUCCCCGCUGGUGAGAGCGGAAGUCGUCAGUGCUCUUUCCUAUUGGGAACCGGAAACAGUAGUCAAAACCAGUAGUUGCGAAGAAAUUACUCUGAACGAACGUGGGAUUCUAGUCGUUUUGUUCGUUCAGAAUGUUCCGAUUUUCAGUGCUCUGGAAGAGUGUCUUCGACGUCGACGAGAAUGUUCGUUCCACGGCUGCUUUCCGAGUGCACAUUUCGGAGGAGAACAUUGACAAGUGCAUGGACUACGUGGAAACGAGCAGAGAGAACAAAAUCAGGCACGAGAUCGCAGUGCGACUUGCCACGAACGUCCAUGUCAACGCGUUCACCAAUGAACAGAGAUUCAGAUUCAUCAAUCUUCUGAGGAGUAGUGACAGCGGUAAGAAGAGUUUGCUUGGAAUCUGUUUUUGAAUAGCAGUUUCAGCCCGCGUCAGAGACAUUUUCCAACAACGGCUCGUUGUAACAUGGAUGUCAAAUUUGGCAGACGUCAAGUGGCCUUCAAUGUUUCCCGCACCGCUGAAUAACUCUGAAGUCUACGAGAAGUUUCCGAGUAUCAUUCUGGAGUGUCUGGAUCCGCUGGUGGACCAAGACGCCGUUUAUAAUUUCGUUAGUUGGUUUCUCGGUAAUCAGAUAAACUUGAUAUCUUUCAGAUAAAGUCUGCCGCUGUCCGUUUCAUUUGUCGACAAUCGACCACAAUCGACGUAGAGGAGUUCAUGCGCCUUUUGCUGGGAAUGGGAGAAUCGGUGAGUGAAUCGCUCGGAGUGAUGAGGCGUUCGACGUUCAGAUUAAUCGAUCCGUGAGUGUAAUCCUGACGAUCGUCCCUCAUGAAUACGCGGUUUUCAGUAAUUCAGAGAAUGCGGACGCACUGAAACUAUCCUUCUACCGUAUAGUAAUCACCCGCUCUCUACUCGACACCGUCUUCGAACUUUCGAAAGGUCGUCUGGAUUCUAUCCAUCUCCGGAACCGCGCUGUACUGUUCUUCGUUCCGGAUGUUACCACUUUCACUGAACAACUCGAGCAGUUUUGUUCGAUUCAUUUUACGAAUAAUCAAGAUUCGGGUGAUGGAUGCGCGGAAGUGCUUCUGAACUACGUCUUCAAUCUUCUGAAUAAGGCUGUGCAGCAAAGUGAUGGCCUCAUGGAUCGAGAGAUUUACAAGAAAACUCUAGAACGUAUUCUAGAUUCUGCUCACCUCGAAUUCCCCGCUGACAUUCUUAUGACCAUGAUUACAACGGUUCUCGAUCUGUGCAAGAAUGAUGAGGAGAAGGAAGUAACAUGCGAACGGAUCUGCGAGAGUGCCAACAAACUGUUGCUCAUUGGAGAAGACGGCGAGUUGUCAAUGUGCUCGAGUUUGGAAGAAGCGAUGAAGGGAGGCGCCGUCCAAGACACCAUGCUAUUCAGAUGCGCCACGAUGCUUCUAGCAGCAUGUCAGCACGAAAUGAUCCUCGAGCCAACUCCAGGAAUGUCUUCCCUCUUCAAAGCACUUAUCCCGGCUCUUCUGGGAAAUAAAAAUGAACGUGUACAAGUGCUCGGGUUGGAACUCAUCGGAUUCGCCGCGACGAUCGAUUUUGAGAAUUGUGCACCUUACCUGAAACUCACGAGAUACUUGAUCGAAAGAGACGAUCCUCUUCUGAAGGUGACGUGCCUGCACACACUCAUCCGAGUCAUCAAGUCCCACACAUUUCCGGAUACGGCGGAAGCGAUAUUCCUGGAAAGCGACACCGGACCGAAAGAAUGCCAUGACACCCUUGCGAAUCUCGUUGAAAGAACAGUGAGAUCACUGGAAGGACGGACUCUCGCACAGGCGGUGCAAGACUGUUUCAGCAUGCUUUCGCACGGAGAUUACGCGUGGCAAAGACUUUUUUCUGCUCUAUUGCUCACCGUUUUCCGAAAGGAUAACAUGCAAUUGCAGCUAGAGAAGGUGUUCAAAGCGUACUGUAAGUCAUCUGUUCGCAGUACGUUCAGCAAGUGAGUUAAAGAAAGGCGAACUCAGCGAAAAGAAUUAAUUUUCAGAAUCAACAUACUUCAAGGAUUCACAAAAGCAGUCAGCGUCAUUUCGAAAAGAAACGAAAGUGAUUCGAACUGGAGACUGGCCGAUAUGACUGCCAAUAUUUGCGAACUUCUGAGCACAGUCCCAACAGUCGGAGAAGAUUCGGAAGAGGAAAAGGAAAUCGACGUGGAGAUUGAGUUGGCGAAGCGGAUGAUCCGAAGGGCAGUCGCACAUCCUUCUUCCUGGACAAUCCGUCAUAUUUUCACUUCGUUGGCGACUUCUCUGAGCUUGGAGUGUGUUCCGAUCGAGCAGUUGGUAGACGUGCACAACCUUCUGGCUGAUUCUUUCAAGGUGAUCACUAAGAGACAUUAAAAAUGUAUUUUAACCAGUGCUUGCAGACUAUCAAAUCGAAUUCUGGGAAAACAACGCAUAUCGCUGUCACUAGGUUUAUCAAUCACUGUCAGAAGGUCAUCAACAUUCAGCAGAGGAGGAGAGGACUCACGAUUCCAGUAGAUUUGAAGAAAGUGAAGCAGGAAGAUCCUGAAGACGAUCUCGCCGCCACGUGCUCUACGUCGUCUGGAAAGAAGCGAGGGGGACUGCGCAAAGUCCAAUACGAAGAAGACAUAGAUUACAUUCCAACUUCAUCGACUUCAGUUUCGUUGGUUACUAAAAGGAGAGGAAGACCUCCCAAGGCGCCACGGCCCGAAAGUACAGCAGUCUCUCCGACUCCUUCUUCCUCUGGCAGAAAGAGAGGGCGUCCCCGUAAAUCGGAAAGUUCCGUCUCAACAACCUCUUCUCCGACUAAAAGACAGAGAGGAAGACCUCGUAAGUCGCCUAGUUCCAACUCGUAUUCAUCGAAUUCUCCAACUGGAAGGAAGAGAGGGAGACCACGCAAGUCUCCUCCGACAACUGAAGGCCUGGAAGUCAUUAGCACGAGCCUUUCUGUGCCAUCGUUAGCUGAGAAGAACCAGGAUGUGUCUGUUGAAAUGGACAAUGAAUGGGACAAGGAUAGUUUCGAUGACAGCUUCGAGGUUUGCGUUUCUGGGAUCAUUAGGUGCACUUGAUGAGAGUUUCAGUACCCGGUGUCAUCGCGAACCAGGAAACGACAGAACUCUCCGAUCCAGUCGCUCCCGCCGAAAAAGAAUAAAGAAGCGGAAAAUGAAGAUGCAAAAGUCGAAGAGCAAGACAGUUUCGACAUGCAUGAUUCGUUCGACCGAAUGUGA